CGCGUUUAUUCUCAGGUUCAGAGGUGGCCUGGCAGACUCUGGAACCAGAAUGAAGAUCUCAGACCAUGUCCACACCUGUAGCAGCAUCCUGGUCUUGACCUCACUGCUGCUGACUGUCCUCCAGACUGCCACUGCUCAAAAGAAUGGCAUCGACAUCUAUAGCCUCACUGUGGACUCCAAGGUCUCAUCCCGAUUUGCCCAUACGGUUGUCACCAGCCGGGUGGUCAACAGGGCCGAUACUGUGCGGGAGGCCAUCUUCCAGAUGGAGCUACCCAAGAAAGCCUUCAUCACGAACUUCUCCAUGAUCAUCGACGGUGUGACCUAUCCAGGGACUGUCAAGGAGAAGGCUAAGGCCCAGGAGCAGUACAGUGCGGCUGUGAGCAGAGGGGAGAGUGCCGGCCUCAUUAAGGCCACUGGGAGAAAGAUGGAGGAGUUUCACGUGUCAGUCAGUGUGGCUCCUGCUACCAAGGUCACUUUCGAGCUGGUGUAUGAGGAGCUACUCAGGCGGCAUCUGGGGGUGUAUGAGCUGCUGCUCAAAGUGCGGCCCCAGCAGCUGGUCAAGCAUCUGCAGAUGGACAUUCACAUCUUUGAGCCUCAGGGCAUCAACUUCCUGGAGACAGAGAGUGCCUUCAUGACCAAUGAGCUAGCCAAUGCCCUUACCGUCUCGCAGAACAAGACCAAGGCUCACAUCCAGUUCAAGCCAACGUUCUCCCAGCAGCAAAAGUCUCCAGGUCAGCAAGACACAGUCCUAGAUGGCAACUUCAUUGUCCGCUAUGAUGUGAACCGGACCGAAUCUGGGGGCUCCAUUCAGAUUGAGAAUGGCUACUUUGUGCACCACUUCGCCCCAGAAGGCCUGCCCACAAUACCCAAGAAUGUGGUCUUUGUCAUCGACAAGAGUGGUUCAAUGAGCGGCAAGAAAAUCCAGCAGACCCGGGAAGCCCUCAUCAAGAUCCUAAGUGACCUCAGCCCCAAAGACCAGUUCAACAUCAUUGUCUUCAGUGGGGAAGCAACCCAGUGGAAGCCGUCAUUGGUGCCAGCCUCAGAGGAGAAUGUGGGCAUGGCCAAGGGCUAUGCUGCCACCAUCCAGGCCAACGGAGGAACCAACAUCAACGAUGCGAUCCUAAUGGCUGUGCAGCUGCUGGAGAGCAGCAACCGGGCUGAGCUGCUGUCCGCUGGGAGCGUCUCCCUCAUCAUCCUGCUCACCGACGGCGAACCCACCGUGGGGGAGACCAAUCCCACAGAGAUCCAGAAGAACGUGAAGGGAGCCAUAGGCAAGCAGUAUAGCCUCUUCUGCCUCGGCUUUGGCUUCGACGUCAGCUACGCCUUCCUGGAGAAGCUGGCCCUGGACAACGGCGGGCUAGCGCGACGCAUCUAUGAGGACUCGGACUCUGCCCUGCAGCUCCAGGACUUCUACCAGGAGGUGGCCAAUCCGCUGCUGACAAACGUAGCCUUCAGGUACCCAAGCAGCACUGUGCACGAGGUUACACAGGACAGCUUCCGACUCCUCUUCAAGGGCUCAGAGAUGGUGGUAGCCGGGAAGCUCCACAAGCAGAACCUUGAUGUGCUCUCAGCCAGAGUCAGUGGGCAGAUGGACACGCAGAACAUCACCUUCCAGGUGGAGGCCAGUACAGCUGAGCAGGGGGAGUUGUUCCAGAGUCUCAAGUACAUCUUCCACAACUUCAUGGAGAGGCUCUGGGCACACUUGACCAUCCAGCAGCUGCUGGAGAAUGCUGUUUCAGCGUCAGAUGCCAAGUCUAAGGACCUCAAGACGCGAGCUCUGAAUUUGUCACUCCAGUACAACUUUGUCACUCCCCUCACCUCGAUGGUGGUCACCAAACCUGAAGGCCAGGAACAGUCUCAAGUUGCUAACAAGCCUGUGGAGGACGAUAAUAGACACAGGAAUAUCCACUUAGGAGGUCAUGGUCCCAGAUUUCGUACCACGGGAAGAGGACGGUCUAAAAAACCAGGAAUUUCUUACUUCCCUUUUGGAGCUGGAGCUCUUGGUGCCCCUGAGAGAUAUGGACAACCUGGACCACCUGAUUUUCUAUACAGAAUAUCUGCACUUCCUCCUCCUCCUUCCUUCCCACUGACAGACAUGCACCGCUUUCCUGCACUCGCGUCCCCUUCAAGGCCAUUGGUUCCCUCAGAUCCACAUCAAGGAGUGUGGUCUCAUCUCAAAAUGGAAAACAAAGAAACAGCUACAACAGCGCUACCUCCAGCUUCUUCUGUCCAGCCUCCUGCUGUCAUCCUGCUGCUGCCUGGGCCCCGCACGGACCGACUGUGUGUGGACAUCAGACACUCUCAGGGUCCCUUGGACCUACUUUUGGACCCUGGCCAAGGGCUUGAGGUGACUGGCCAGUACAACGCAGAGAGGGCUGGGUUCUCUUGGAUCAAGGUGACCUUUAAGAACCCCAAGCUGCAGGUUCAUGCAACCCCUGAACGUGUGGUGAUGACCCGGAACCGAAGAAGCUCUGCGUACAAGUGGAAGGAGACACUGUUCUCGGUGUUGCCUGGCCUGAAGGUGACCAUGGACAAGACGGGGCUCCUGCUGCUCAGUGACCCAAACAAAGUGACCAUCGGCCUGUCGUCCCAGAGCAGCCCUAAGAUGGGGCUUCUGCUCACUUUGCGCGACACUGACCGCUUCUCCAGCCACAUCAAAGGGACCCUCGGCCAGUUUUUCCAGGACAUGGUCGGGGAGCCACCAGCAGCUGCGGAUGACACCAGACGCGUGCUGAGGGUUCAGGGGAAGGACUACGCUGCCACCAGAGAGCUCAAGUUGGAUUACCAAGAAGGAGCAGAGAUUUCCUGCUGGUCGGUGGAGCUGUAGCUCAGAUAAGAGGAGCCCGUGCCUCCCCCUGCUGCCCUGUUGGGUGCAGGUGGCUGCCUCGCUGUGGCUGCAGGGUCACCGUGGGGCCUGGAUCCCAAUGGGAAGGGGGGUUCCCACUUGUUACAAAUAAAGGAAAAUGGUGCGAGCCUAGGAA